AUGAGUCUCUCACUCAAGCACAUCCCCUGCCCGGCCGGCCAAAACUGCUCGGCCUACAUGUGCCUCUUUGGCGGCCACGCUGCUGACAGCGAUGGCCCUGCCCUGUCCAGGCCGCCAAGCACCACGCCCAGCACCGACGCCACAGUCUCGUCCGGCCAUGAAUCAGACAGCAGCAGCUCUAGAAAAGCCGCCCGCCUUGAUUCUCCCCGACCGACUGCGUCCAGCAGCAGGGCCGAGCCGUCUUCCGGCCGGCCCCCGCUGCUCCGUGAGCCGGAUUCUAGAGGCUCGCCAGUGCCUCCCCGCUCACUGCAGCUACCCAUCACGCCGCCACCCAAGCGGCGUGCCGUUGCCGUGAAUGCCGCGUCAGCAUCGACCUCAAAGGAGCCGUUGAAGCAAGAGUCACUCAAUCCCCGAUUGCUCAAGCAUUCACCCGCUAGUCAUGAGAUCAGGCUGAAGCUCGUCAAGCUAGCCUACGCUGAAAUCAAACGCCUCAACGAGGCAUUGAAACGAGACGGCAAACAUGAUCGCCUGGUCCUAUCCGACCAAGCGAUCAUCACACGCAUACUCAAUGACGAAGAAUCCACGGCCGUUGGCAAGCCAGCUGUGUACACCAACAUCAUGAAAAACUACGUCAUGAAAUACAAGCGCCUUCAACUAGCCGACUGGAUCAGGGACCGCCAAAAAGAGAUGCCCGAGAGCAAGAAGCGCCAGCACGACGUCAUGCAAGGCGACGCCCUCCUUGUCGAGACCGGCCUGACACCCGCUCAAGAGGUCGGUCUCCUCCAGCGGCUCCUAACCCCAAUUGACGGCCUCGCCAACCACGGCUACGUCGCGUCGCCGCCAACCGACGCCGCCAUUGCCGCCGCACGCGACGGCCUCGCCGCCGCCAAAGGCUGGGAGCAGUGCGACCGCUGCAGCCAGCGCUUCCAAGUAUUCGCCGGCCGCCGCCCCGAGGACGGCGCGCUCACGUCGGGCGGCGCCUGCAACUUCCACUGGGGUAAGGCGUAUUUCCCCGAAAAGACGGCCGGGAGCGCCGGCGGCAAGCAGCCCAAGCGCUUCCUCUGCUGUGGGGAACAGAUGGGCGACUCGGCCGGGUGCUUCACGCACCCCAACCACGUUUUCAAAGUCGGCAGCGCGAGCCGCCUCGCCGCUGUACUCGCCUUUGCCGCCACGCCAGAGAACCCGGCCGCGCCGCCCGAUCGCGCCGUCUGCUUCGACUGCGAAAUGGGCUAUACAGUGCACGGCAUGGAACUAAUCCGACUCACGGCCACCUCGUGGCCCGACGGAGCCGAGAUCCUCGACGUGCUCGUCCGGCCCCUCGGCGAGAUCCUCGACCUCAACUCGCGAUUCUCUGGCGUGUGGCCCGACGACCUGGCCCGCGCCGCGCUGUGGUGCCCCGGCGACCCUCUCGUCCCGCCCACCACCGACGCCGACUCAUCGUGCUCGCACGGCAGCGAAGAAGGCCAGGUCGCUAAGAAGCGGCUGCAGGUUGUCUCCUCGCCCGCCGUCGCCCGGACGCUGCUCUUUUCCCUCAUCGCCCCGUCGACACCGCUGCUCGGCCACGGGCUGGAAAACGACCUCAACGCCGUCCGCGUCGUGCAUCCGACUCUCAUCGACACCGUCCUCGUCUUCCCCCACAAGGCCGGCCUGCCCUUCCGCCUCGGCCUCAAGGGUCUCAUGAGCACCCACCUGCACCGCCGCAUCCAGGUCCAGCACGGGCCCAAGAUGCUCGGCCACGACUCGGCCGAGGAUGCCCGCGCCGCCGGUGAGCUUGUGCGCUUCCGCCUCGCCCGCGAGUGGGCGGACAUGAAGCGCGCCGGCUGGACCGUUGUUGAUGGUGCGCUCGUGGCCCCGCCUGGCGGUGAUGACGAUGACGAUGAUGAUGAUGAUGAUGAUGCUGCUGGCCCCGCCAACGACAGCGACGGAGGUGGCCGCUUGACGGAGGACUUUAUCGAAGCGGCCGCCGAGUAG